UCCGGGCCCGGUGCAUACUGGGAGCGCGAGGCCCGCCAUUCAGUUGCCGCUACUCGUCGCACGUUCGCGCCGCCGGAACCGGAGCCGGGGCCGGGACUGCAGCUUUUUUCUCCCAGAAUGUCGAUCGGGGUCCCCAUCAAGGUCCUGCAUGAGGCGGAGGGACACAUCGUCACAUGCGAGACCAACACCGGCGAGGUGUACCGGGGCAAGCUGAUCGAGGCCGAGGACAACAUGAACUGCCAGAUGUCCAACAUCACAGUCACAUACAGAGAUGGACGAGUCGCCCAGCUGGAGCAGGUUUACAUCCGGGGGAGCAAGAUCCGCUUCCUGAUCUUGCCGGACAUGCUGAAGAACGCCCCGAUGCUGAAGAGCAUGAAAAACAAAAACCAGGGCUCUGGAGCCGGCCGGGGGAAAGCCGCCAUUCUGAAGGCCCAGGUGGCUGCCAGAGGAAGAGGACGCGGAAUGGGCCGGGGCAAUAUUUUCCAGAAACGAAGAUAAUCUCAUCUGAGCAACAGAACUCUGUACUUGUCGGAUUUUAGGGCUUGGAGCUUAGUCGUCUGGUGUGUCGGCUCCUCUUUUAGGUGAGGAAGGGGCAGGAGCUCACCAGCCAAAUAAAGGUGUUUUGGAGUA